AUAAUGGUUGGUGUGUAAAUAAGAUGGUGGUCCAAACGAAGGACAGCACCUAAAAAGUUGUGUAUGAAUCAUUUGUUGCCUUGUUCUUACAACUGCUACAGUUAAAUAAUGGCUCAGUUUAUGAAACAAGCGUUUCAGUUAACACCUAAUCAGGUGUUGUACCAGCAGAAGCGUUUCAGAGGCAAAAUCAAUAUCAGGAAACCGAAAAUAUUUUACAAGAAAGCAGUGGUGAACGAACUUGUGAAGCCCUUUUAUAUAAAUCCCAAUGCUGGAAAGAGAUUGGAUGAAUUAUGUUUGAACAAGCGCAUUGGUAAGACUAAGAGGGAACUUUCACCCUAUGAAAAGAUCAUAUCCAGGGAAGUUCGUAAUUGGCUUGAUAAAUCAAGAAUGGCCGCUUGCUUGCACGUGAACAGUAUGCAUCAAAGAGACAUAUUCGAUGUGCAGGUCCCUCUGUUCAGAGCGAACAUGUAUCUUAAAAGAUACGGUACAAAAAUUGUACUCGAUGCAAUACAAGAUUCACCUUACGAAGGUAUAGCCCCGUUGAUUGGCAAAUACACAUGGUUCGUGUUCAGUCCUGACAUAAACGUAGUUCCCUUACAGAAGAUUAUACGUAGCUGUAAGAAAAUGUACACACUGGGUGGAAUAUUGGAAGGAUACGUUUUAAAACAGGAUGAGUUCCUGAAGUAUGGAGCAAUAGAUCUCACGAGCGCUCAAUUGGGUUUGGUUCAAAUAUUACAAAACGCUGGUGGCGUCAACCUGAAUCAUCAGCUUACACAUCAUCAGUCGACGUUGGUCGCUAGGCUCGAACAGAUUGGUACAAACGAAACAACUUCGACGAACGAGACAGUUUCUAACGAGAACGAAUAAAUCGGUGCCUGUAUUAUUAGCAGAGAAACAACUGUAUCUAUAAUUUAUUAUACGUUCAUAAUGCACACGAA